AUUAUGGAUUCAUUGAUCCCCAAGACAUUCAUGAAUCAAAUGAUUUUGAUCAUAUCAACACGAGAAUGAUAAGCAGUUUUCGAAGGGGCAAGAAAAUAUACUUUUUGCCUUAUAUAUCCGGGCGCCAUUGGCAACUUCUUGUUAUGUCUGUGCAAGACAACUAUGCUUUGUGGUUCUGCUCAUUGCACAGGCCUCCUCCCACACAACUCAGACAAGCAAUUGAUUGUUCUAUUCCAGCAAGUAUGAUGAUGGACGGGAGAUCAAUUGUUAAGAGUAGAAAGAUUGCUUGGAUUUCUCUCAAGUGUAACAGACAAAAUGGGUCAUAUGAGUGUGGAUACUAUGUAAUGUAUUGGAUGACCCAUAUUGUUCGUUCUCACAUCACAAGAAGCUGGGAAACGAGAUUCAAGACUACUACACCAGUUCCUGAGAAGUCACUACUAUUCAUUAGGAACGCUGCUGCGAAGUAUAUAGUUAGAUUAUACAAUAGCUCUUAGAUUUAGAUUUAAACAAUGCAUUUGAUUAGAUAGAAUUUUCUUAGACUCUCUACUUUAUUUUAUGUUGAAAUUGAAUUUCUGUAAAUGUUUUUAUA